GGAGGGUCGGGGGAGGUCAGAGGUCGGAGGUCGCCGAGGGAAGAUGGUGGCGCGCGAGCAGCUCCGCGUGGUUCGCUGCGGCGGCAGUUGGCUGAGCGGGAGCCGCGCGGUCUUUUCGGCCGAUUCGAAGUACCUUUUGUGUGCUUCUGGUGACUAUGUGAAAGUCUACAGUACAGCUACAGAAGAAUGUCUGCAUGUUCUCCAAGGUCACAGCAACAUAGUGACAGGAGUCCAGUUGAAUCCCCAAAACCAUCUACAGCUCUAUUCCUGGUCUCUAGAUGGCACUAUUAAACUCUGGGAUUUUAUGGAUGGCAUUCUCAUCAAGACCUUGGUGGUUGGGUUCAAACUCUUUGCAUUCUAUGCACUUGCGGGAUCUGAGAAUUCGGUAUUUGUUAUCAUCUCAAAAGAUAAUGAUGAAAGAUCAGGUCCAUUUCAGCUAGCUUCACUGAAAAUCCCCAAAACACCAGGUCAGGAAGUAGAAGCCAAUGAGCUGGAAUUGAUUUUGGAUGGUGUAAGCCAGUCACCCAAAUGUACAGCGCUUGGAAGAGAAGGUGAAUAUGUGGUAUCUGCUUACGGCAGUCACCUCGUCGUCUGUUUCUUCAGGAAGAAGAAGCUUUACAGCUUUUCUGUAGAUGGGAAAUCCAGAAUAAGCGACUUCUUCACCUGCGUAGCCUGCCACCCAAAGGAAGAUUGCAUAGCAAGCGGACACAGCGAUGGCAAAAUCCGGCUGUGGAGAAAUUUUAAUCACAAGAAAGACUACACGUACUCCACAAUGCACUGGCACCAUGGUGAAGUUAUGGAUCUCGCUUUCACUGUUGAAGGAACUAGCCUCCUGAGUGGUGGAAUCGAGUCUGUCCUAGUGCAGUGGCGAGAUGGGUCGGAUGCGAAGAAGGAAUUCUUGCCCCGGUUGGGAUCCACAAUAGAGCACAUCUCCGUCUCUCCAGAUGGAGCCUUCCUUUGUACCUCGCAUGCAGAUAACAAAAUAAUCAUCAUACACAGCAACUUGAAGGUCUCCACAGUCAUUCAAGGAUUGAGCAGAGGCAGUGACGUCAAGGCUGGCUUGAUGGUUGACCCUCGAACUAAAGCUUUGGUUCUGAACGGCAAACCAGGCCACCUGCAGUUCUAUUCACUGCAAAAUGACAAGCAGCUUUACAAUUUGGAUAUUGUGCAGCAGGAGUAUAUUCAUGAACAUGGGCUGAACCAGAUUGAGUUAGUGAAGGCUGCUUUUGAUUCCGAAGGCAACUGGCUGGCUACUGUAGAACAGCGGCAAGGAAGCAGCAGCGAUCUUGAAAUGUACAUGAAACUCUGGGCUUACGACGAGCAAAAGCAAAGCUUUACUCUGAACACAAGAAUAAACAUGCCGCAUGAGGAUUGUGUCACAGCUAUGUGUUUCCGUUGCACAGACGCAUCUGAAAAUAUAAGCCCGACUUUGGUAACGGCUGGCAACGAUGGGCACUUCAAAGUCUGGAUGCUACUGGUUGACAAUGAUGGUGAAAAUCAAAACAUAACUUGGGCCUGCGACUUCGUAGGAAGCUAUCACAACUAUCAAGCUACAAAUUGCUGUUUCUCCGAAGAUGGCUCUUUGCUUGCAGUCAGCUUUGACAAAAUAGUCACUGUUUGGGACUCGGAACUGUGGGAUCUCAAAUGUACUUUCUGCCAUCUUCCUGGGACUAUACGAAACCUGUGUUUUGGGAGGCAGAGUUGUUCAAAAUACCUUCUUGGCACCACCAACACUGGAUUUUUGUGCUGUUGGAACUUGCUGAGCUGUACAUUGGAAUGGAGUGCCCAAUUAAAUGUCAUUGUUCUGCAGCCAGAUUGUCUGUCUGAGAACAUCGUCGCGGUUUCAUCCCACUCGGCAUACUCAGAUGUAUUUGUAUUCAAACCCUGUGAGCCGCAGCCUUUGUGUAUCCACAGGAAGGUCUGCAGAGGCCAAGUCCGGUGUGCUGUCUUUGUUCCAAGAGAUCUCCCCGAGUCCAUUCAUUCAGAAAAAUACCAGUGGCUCAGCCAAUCUCAGUUUUACUUCUUGACUGAAACACUUGAAUUGAUGACAUUUAGCACAAAGAGCCCAGAAGAGAGACUUACACCUUCCAGCAGACAGGUAAUUGUUUUUUAAAAAAAGUGAACAGGAAUUCUAAGAGAGUCUAC